AUGUCUCGUUACGCUGCACCCCACGUCGACCCCAAAGGCCCCGGUGAUGCCCGACCAACUGCCCUUCAAAUAGUCCAAGAUGAGGGCUUCGAGGGAAAACUCACCGGCAAAGUCGCCGUCGUGACUGGUGUUUCUUCCGGGCUAGGCAUUGAGACCGUCAAGGCACUUGCAGCUACUGGUGCAACUUUGUUCCUCACUGCAAGAAACCUCGCGAAGGCUGAAGCAGCACUUGCGGAAAUUUUUGACCCGAGCACAAUGACUCUGGUCCAGAUGGAUCAAGCCUCGCUUGAAAGCGUCCGAAUCGCUGCUCAAACCAUCCUAUCCAAGACGACCCAAAUCAGCCUCCUUGUUGCGAAUGCUGGGGUCAUGGCUAUUCCAGACCUCAGGUUGACCGACAAAGGACAUGAGAUGCAAUUUGCGACAAACCAUCUAUCUCACUUCUUAUUCUUCAAUCUUCUUAAGUCGGCUCUGUUGACAGGUUCAUCUUCAGCCUUCCAGUCUCGCGUUGUGAUACUUUCUUCUGCUGGACAUCGUAUUGGUGGCAUCAACUCUUCCGACAACUACCACUAUGAGAAUGGUGAAUACAAUCCCUGGGCUGCAUACGCGCAGUCUAAAACGGCGAAUGUUUACAUGGCCAACGAGAUUGAGCGUCGCUAUGCAUCCCAGGGCCUGCAUGCUUACAGUCUUCAUCCUGGAAUUUCCGCCACUGGUAUCAUUGGACAAUUGACCAGCGAAGAAGUCAUGGGUAUGCUCCAAAAUGAAGCGAUGCUCAAGGCUCAGAAAGGGCUGGAUCAGGGAGCAGCGACAACCAUCUAUGCGGCUAUUUCGAAGGAACUUGAGGGUAGAGGAGGUCUGUAUCUGAAUGAUUGCUCUGAGGCUGCCAUGGGCGAGCAAGAUGGUAACCCUAUGUCUGGCAAAUCGGCGCCGCAUUCGUUCCAUCCCGAGAACGAGGCAAGACUAUGGAAGGAUUCUUUGGAGAUGGUUGGGUUGUCAGAUUAG